AUGGACUUGAGGAUGCUUCCAGCUGGCGAGAUCGGCGACGUGGCUGCAGCCCCGAGCUGCCCCGAGAGCGGUGAUGAAAUGAAGAACACGGAGGAGAAAAGUGACACGAAUGGUGCGGCUCUUGCUGGGAGCGAGCAGCUCAGCCACAGUAGAGACGAAGACGAGCUUCUUCUGUAUGUGUCUGCGUUCAUAGAGAAGGAAGUGGGAAGUGACCUUAAGUCUUUAAAGAGACUUGGUAAACUCAUAGAACAAAUGACAGAAAGCAAAACGAAGUUAGAGGAAGAGGUACUUACAAUUUCAUCAGAAAUCCCUAAAAGAAUUCAGAGUGCUUUAAAAGAUGCAGAGGAAUCCAAGCAAGUUCUGAAUCAGUUUCUGGAGCAGGAAGAGCCUCUCUUCAGCUCCAUUAACAGUCAUUUGCUGACCGCACAGCCCUGGAUGGAUGAUCUUGGAGCCAUGAUCAACCAGAUAGAAGAGAUCGGGCGGCACCUCACGUACCUCAAGUGGGUGUCCCAGAUCGAGGAGCUAAGUGACAACAUUCAGCAAUACCUGAUGACCAACAACGUGCCUGAGGCAGCUUCUACCCUGGUGACCAUGACAGAGCUUGACAUCAAGCUUCGGGAGUCAUCCUGUACUCAUCUUCUUAGCUUCCUGAGAGCCACGGUUAAGUUCUGGCAUAAAAUUCUCAAGGACAGGCUUACCAGUGAUCUUGAGGAUAUUUUAGCGCAGCUUCACUGGCCGUUCAUCACACACGCCCAGCCUCAGACUGUCGGCGCGAGCCGGCCUGCCAGCGCCCCGGAGAUGCACGCUGCCCUGGAGACACUGUUUUGUCAGCUGUUGAAACUACAAGCCUCGGAUGAAUUAUUAACUGAGACAAAACAACUCCCAGAAAAAUACUCUCUUCCCGCCACCCCGUCUGUGAUCCUGCCUAUCCAGAUCAUGCUGACUCCCCUUCAGAAGAGAUUCGGGUACCACUUCAGAGGCAGCCGGCAGACCAACGUCAUCAGCAAGCCUGAAUGGUACUUGGCUCAGGUCCUUAUGUGGAUUGCCAACCAUACGCAGUUUCUGGAUGAGAAAAUUCAGCCGAUACUGGACAAAGUGGGUGCUGCAGUGAAUGCAAGGCUGGAGUUUUCCCGUGGCCUCGUGAUGCUCAUUCUUGAGAAGCUGGCUUCGGACAUCCCCUGCCUGCUCUAUGACGACAGUCUCUUCUGUCAUUUGGUGGAUGAGGUGCUGUUGUUUGAAAGGGAGCUGCACAGUGUCCACGGCUAUCCGAGCACCUUUGCCAGCUGUAUGCACAUUCUCUCGGAGGAAGCCUGUUUUCAGAGAUGGCUGACUGUGGAGAGGAAAUUUGCUCUGCAGAAAAUGGACUCGAUGCUUUCCUCAGAGGCAGCGUGGGUUUCCCAGUAUAAAGACAUCACUGAUGUGGAUGAAAUGAAGGUUCCAGACUGUGCGGAAGUUUUUAUGACUCUACUUUUGGUCAUAACUGACAGGUAUAAAAACCUCCCCUCCGCCUCCCGGAAGCUGCAGUUCCUGGAGUUACAGAAGGACCUGGUGGAUGACUUCAGGCUCCGGCUAACGCAGGUCAUGAAGGAGGAGACCAGAGACUCCCUCGGCUUUCGGUACUGUGCAAUCCUUAACGCCGUGAACUACAUCUCAACAGUGCUGGCAGACUGGGCUGACAACGUUUUCUUUCUACAGCUGCAGCAGGCAGCACUGGAGGUCUUUGCAGAGAACAGUGCCCUCAGUAAGCUGCAGCUGGGACAGCUGGCUUCCAUGGAGAGCUCUGUCUUCGAUGACAUGAUUAACCUCUUGGAGCGCUUAAAGCUUGAUAUGUUGACUCGCCAAGUAGAGCAUGUUUUUAGAGAAGUGAAAGAUGCUGCAAAAUUGUAUAAGAAAGAAAGGUGGCUGUCCCUGCCGUCUCAGUCUGAACAGGCAGUAAUGUCGCUGUCCAGCUCAGCCUGCCCGUUCUUGCUGACCUUACGGGACCGUCUGCUUCAGUUGGAGCAGCAGCUUUGUUUCUCCUUAUUCAAGAUUUUCUGGCAACUGCUUGUUGAGAAGCUGGACGUCUACAUCUAUCAGGAGAUAAUCCUUGCUAACCACUUCAAUGAAGGAGGAGCAGCCCAGUUGCAGUUUGACAUGACGCGGAAUCUCUUCCCUUUGUUUUCUCACUAUUGCAAGAGACCGGAAAACUAUUUUAAACAUGUAAAAGAAGCCUGCAUCGUUCUGAAUCUGAACAUUGGUUCUGCGUUACUUCUGAAAGAUGUCCUGCAGUCGGCUCCCGAGCACCUUCCUGCCACGGCGGCCCUAAAUGAAGUUGGCGUUUACAAACUGGCUCAGCAAGACGUUGAGAUUCUGCUUAACUUGAGGACAAACUGGCCUAGCACUGGGAAAUAAUGUGUCUUUGAGAAAAGGGUGAUUUAACAAAGAUAGUUGGAUUGAAGUUGUCCGAUAAAGUUCUAAAUUAAUGAAACUGGACAAAUGAAAACUUGGUAGUUAUUUCUUAUC